AUGAGAGGAAGAGGAGAGAUUUAUACGUCGGAAGACGUAUUUGUUGGACGGCUUCUCUAUGGAUUAAUCAAAUGGGAUGAGACUUGCCGGAAGAAGAAUGAAAGGACGGCUGAUGUAAUCUCAUGGGGCGAGAACGGCAAGAGUUUCAUCAUCUGGGAUCAGCAAGAGUUUUGCAGAGAUCUUCUUCCGAGGGUCGUUAGGAUAUCUUCUUUUCCAAUAUUCGUGAAGCGGCUUGAGACAUAUGGUUUUACAGAAGUUGAGUCUGACCACUUUGAAUAUGCAAACGAUGAUUUUGUGAAAGGGAAACCUAAGCUUGCUUUAGAGAUACAUAAGCGCUUCGUGCAGACUCUUAUCCGACCAAACUCUGUGUUUAAGCCACUAGGGAUAGAACCGGCUGCUUUGAAGGCAAUGAUGAAGCAAUACAAGGAGUGUCUUCCCCCUGGAACUUUUGACUUCAAGCCAUCAUUGCGUGAUCCGGAUGCUUUGAGGGCUCAUCUUAUGGAUGCCAUGAAGCAAGGAAGAGCUGUGCCAAAGGAUCCAUUAAGCCUUCACGAGAAAGAACUCGCUGCGACAUUGAUGGCUGAUCUCAAGGACGUGAUUAAGCGAAGAAAGGCUUUCUUGAUGGAAGCUUUGGCUGCUGCUGGUUCAUCAAGCGGCGUCACUCAGUGA